GCUGCUUCUGCACGAACCAGAGAUGUAGCAGCAAAAAGUGGUGUUCUCUCAGCAAUGCUCACUGGGCGCAGACGCCUGUUACUCAACUUGCAAUGUACCUUCGUUGGCUCCUCUUCUCGUCUCUCCUCGUGCACUACACUCAUCUGUGCAUGCAUGGUUGAUGAACUGUUGUCUCCGCUUUUGCGGGGCUUUCUUUAUCCAACAGAUAUCCGUCGUUUAGUCAACUGUAUAGCCAUCAAAAACCUGUCUUUUUCACCUAUUCUUCUCUUGUCGUUUCGCUUUAAGCAUAAGACCUUUAUUCUUACCCGACACACACACACACAGCGAGUAAACAUGUCAUCUGGGCACCCCAACCGCUGCUGCCCGACCGACGCCACGGCCGCCACGUGCGUGUACCACCCCACCGGUGAUAACUUGUACGUGGCCGGUCCGCUGGACAGCAAGGCGGGUCUCAUUUGUGUGAGCGACAUCUUCGGCAUGCUGCCCAACUCGCAGCGUCUGGCUGAUCUGUUCGCUUCGCAGGGCUACCUGGUCGUCAUGCCGGACUUCUUCGGCAAGAAGGCGUGGAGCCGCGACGAGUACCCUCCGAACUACGACUCGCAGAAGUGGAAGGAUUUCCUCGCCUACGCGUCCGAUUUUGAGUACCACAAGCCGCGCGUCACCCGUGCCGUGCAGAUGCUGCACAAAAUGGGCUGUGAGAAGGUUGGCAUCAUUGGCCUUUGCUGGGGCGCGGCGCUGUCCUUCCAGGCGGCGGCGGACGGCACGGUGGACUCGGUCUGCACGGCACACCCGUCAUUCUUCAACGCGGACUCGGUCAAAGCGGCGAAGACGCCGGUGCUGGUGAUGCCAUCGAUGGAUGAGCCGAACUUCGACGACGUGGAGGCGGCUGUCAACGCCCACCCUGUCGAGCCGCACGUGUACAGGCGCUUCGACAAGAUCCCGCACGGCUACUUCGGCUCCCGCUACGACCCCGACACAUACACGCCGGAGCAGCUGGAGGAGGUGGAGGUGGCCCGCCAGUUGGCCCUCGACUUCUUCAAGAAGACGCUGCAUUGA